GCUCCGCGGAGGCAUGUGGCGGCGUUCUGAAGGCGCCGUUUGAAUAUAAAAUAGCAGGCUGGGGCCGAGGAGCACCUGGGGGAAUCACCGCUUGAGAGCCGGCAGUCUAUCCUUGAACAAAGAAGUACAGUACGCGAACGAUAGGAACAAGUCGACCACAUUGACUACUACACAUAUAGACACGGGCAAGUCAGCAUGUCAGUUCUCGGACAGUAUCCACAGCCACAACCACAGCAAGCCAUCUGGCUCCCGCCUCCUCCAUACCCGUCGGUGCCAUACAACGGAUACGCCCAGCCAGGGUACAUCUCAAAUGGCCUCUCUACCCAACCACAGUGGGCGAUGCAGCCACAGCAGCAACCGGUGCUGCUGACGCUCCCGCCAGAACUUUUAAGGGGGCAGCAGCCAUCGCAGUUCUAUCAGCAGCUGGCGGGACUGCAAGCCGCAGCGCCGGUUGGCUUGGAAGGCGUGCCGGCGGUUUAUAUCACCGAGAAGCUGCGGAGUAUGGGGCGGACGUAUUGGGGUGAUACGGACACGAGCGAUUGUUGGCUAUAUGUGCACCCGCCGGCAGGAGCAGAUAGUGCAACAGACGGGAGUCCGGCGGGUGGCGGCGCAUCGAACGCAGGAGCUGGGUCAGGAAAGAGCACAUCCGUCGGUGGAUCUGCAAACGGAGACGCUUCAUCGAAAAGGCCUCCGACUGACCCACGGCUCCCUACAAACACGGCCUCGAUACCGUCUGCAGUCACCAUCAUACCCGCGCACUCAGUGUACCUCAGCAACCUCUCUCCAACGUUUCGCAAACUCAUCGAAGAAGCACAGCAGGGUCGACAGGGACCCAGUAACAGCAUGGCACCCGGCGCACCAGUCCCAGGAAACUCGUCAGCCUUCGCAAUCUCAAUACGGCCGCCAUGUCCCGACGCCUUCCCGACUCUGCUGUAUUGGCUGUAUACCGCAGAUACCGGCGUAAUGCACCAGUUCCUCCGAACUUUCGAAGGCGCCGUGCCAGCCGUCAUGGCGAAUGCGGAAUGGUUGAGCCUUGAUGAUCGGGAGCUGUUGAUUCUGUGUAACGGUGUUGCGGAGGAGAUCGCUAACGAAAGCGAGGGUGACGAGACGGACGAUGAUUCCGAUGCAGGAUGACCUCGCGCGGUUCUCGAUCGCUGGACCUGGUGCUUGUCCGCGGCCGUUUUAACCUAUCAUGUCGCAAGGCGCGGGUCGCCAACCGAUUGCGAACUGGACAGGAGCUGUAUGCUUUCUACGGCGAUUCGGAU